UUCAACCUCAUAAUCUAUCUAAUUACUCUAUAAAUAUCAGUCAUAGCAUUUUCUUUUCUCACAACUCAAAACACCAUUUCUUAUAUUAACCUUCCUUUGAUCAUCUUGUAAGUUCCAAGUAACUCAAAAACUGAUAAUGGGUGUGUUCACUUAUGAAACCGAGUUCACAUCCGUCAUCCCACCACCAAGAUUGUUCAAGGCUUUUAUCCUUGAUGCCGACAAUCUCAUCCCCAAGAUUGCUCCACAAGCAGUUAAGUGUGCUGAAAUCAUCGAAGGAGAUGGAGGUGUAGGAACCAUCAAGAAGAUCACCUUUGGUGAAGGCAGCCAAUUCGGCUCUGUGACACACAAGAUCGAUGGGAUUGACAAAGACAACUUUGUCUACAGCUACAGUUUGGUCGAAGGAGAUGCCUUGUCCGACAAGAUUGAGAAGAUCUCUUACGAGACCAAAUUGGUGGCAUCGUCCGAUGGAGGAUCCAUCAUCAAGAGCACCAGUAACUACCACACCAAAGGUGACGUGGAGAUCAAGGAAGAGCAUGUGAAGGCUGGAAAAGAGAAGGCGUCCCACCUCUUCAAGCUUGUUGAAGGCUACCUCUUGGCCAAUCCCAAUGAAUACUGUUAAACUUAAUUGCUAUCAGUUCACUGUCCAUUUGUUCCGCUGAUGUUCCAGUUGGAACAUUAAGAGAUUGAAUGCUGUAAUGUUUUCUAUGAAAUAAGCAAGCUGUAAUCACAAUUUGGAAA